AUGGAGGAUCCACAAGACCUGAACGAGGCGCGGCGCCUGGUUUCUGCCAUGUCGCCAGAGGAUUGGCAUCAACUCAUGUUGGCCGCAAAGCCCACCAAAGAAACCAUCAACACUCUUCCUGCCGUGCUGUCUGGCUCGCGAUCCGUAGCAUAUCAAAGCAAAUACCAGAUGAUGCGAGCCUUCUCUCCGGAGUUCGGGUUCAGCAAGAGGCUCAUUGAUAAAGUGGCCGAGACUCUGAAAGAGUCAAAUGAAUGGCGCAGUUAUCUCGCCGCUAUUGAAACAAACAGCCGAGCCGAAGACCUUCGUGAAGGAGAGGACAAUUGGCCUAGAGCACUCAUUGUGCCUCUUACGCUACAGCAGCAGACAACAACUGUCGGUGGCGUGCCCAACAAUUAUCGGCUUUUGACACUUACAAACCAGCUAACACGUUUACGCGGCUCGGGCGAAAGAGACACCCGUGACUCUCAGUUACCCGAGGCCGAAGACGAGACGGUAGUCAACGCAGCCUCGGUCACGUUUUUGCAAGCUGUGUCACAACUAACGCCCUCCCCGCUUGAACGGAGCGGCAGUAUUGCCUGCUUCGAUGGGCAUCCCUUGGUGGUCUCUCAGGACAUUCUAUCUCUAGCGGGACUGUUCCAGCAUCGUAAUUGCAGUGCCAAGGGUCGCCCAGACCAGAGCAAUGUCUUGGAGAUCCUUCAACAGAAGGCAAGGAUCGACGCUCUUGACAAUAAUGCUCGCUAUCCAGGUCCCGUAGGAAGGUCUCUUCACUCUUCUUCGGAUGCUGCUAGAAGACGAGAUACUGCCCUGCUGGACGGGGGCGGGUAA